AUUUCUGGCGCUCACUUGCACAGUUUGUAGGCGCCAGACUUCCUUAUAUGUGCGAGAAUGGAGUUUUCCGCGGACGAUGACGAAGCCAUGCGCGAGUUCAUGCCCUCGCAUUUCGGCAAGAGAGAUGCAUCCGUAGACAUUGCGGCGCAAAUCGAGCGCUGCCGGCGGCCGGUCGAGGAGAAAGAGGCCAAGGACAAGGACUCGGACUCGGACGACGACAGCGAUGAUGACAGCGACGAUGACGACGAGUUCCCCGUCUCGCACGAGCUGGUCGUCAAGACGCACGACCGCGCGAUUACAACCAUUGCAAUCGACCCGUCGGGCAACCGCUUUGUGACGGGCAGCAUCGACUGCUCGCUGAAGCUGCACGACCUCAGUUCGCUGACGCCUAGCACCAUCCGCGCCUUCAAGACGGUCGACCCGUUCGCCACGAAGCCCUCGCAGACGGCCGAGGCGCAUCUGAUCCACCAGGUGCUGUUCAGCCCGUUCUCUGGCAGCCAGUUCCUGUGCAUCACGGCGACACCGCAGGCGCGGCUGUUCAGCAGGGACGGUGAGCAGACCGCCGAGUAUGUCAAGGGCGACAUGUAUCUGAGAGACAAGCACAAUACCAAGGGACAUACAGCAGAUCUCACGUGCGCUGCAUGGCACCCUACAAACCGGGACAGGUUCGUGACGGCAGGGACGGACAGCACGGUGCGCAUCUGGGACGUCAACAAGCGGAUGAAGCAGGAGGAGGUCAUUGUGCACAAGUCGCGCGCAGCGGGGAGUGCGGGCAUGACGAGGAUGACAGCGAUCGCGUGGGGCGCUGCUGCUGCGGGCGGUAGCAGCGUGCUGGUCUCGGCAGCGCUCGACGGCAGUCUGGUCAUGUGGGGAGGCGAGGGCCCGUUCCAUCGUCCUUCGGCGGAGAUCCGCGACGCGCACGAGAAGGAUACGUGGACGAGCGGGCUGGACAUCAGCGCCGAUGGCAGACUGGUCAUCACAAGAGGCGGCGACGACACAAUCAAGCUGUGGGACACGCGCAAGUUUAAGACGCCGCUCAACACCACAUCGCAUCCCUCGACGUCGUCACAGUAUCAAACGUCGAACAUCAAGUUUGCGCCAAACUCGGCGAGCAUCAUCACGGGCUCGGAGACGGGCCACCUGCACAUCCUCAACCCGGCGACGCUGCGUCCGGAGCUCGUCACGCCAGUCACGCCAGGCUCGCCGCUCAUCACGGUCAACUGGCACCCGAAGCUGAACCAAAUCUUCACCGGCUCCGCCAACGGCCAGACCACCAUCCUGUUCAACCCCAAGAUGUCGACCGGCGGCGCACUCACGAUCCUCAGCAAAGCGCCCAAGAAGCGACACGUCGACGACGACCCCAACCUCACCGUGGACAUGGACCCGCUGGGCAUGGCGGGCGAAGACCAAGGCGGCAAAGCGCAACCCGGCUCCUUUUCCGCGCGGCACCCAACCAUCGGCCUCACAGCGUCCGGCAAGAGCCGCGACCCGCGACGCCCUCACAUCCCCGCGGUCACGCCGUUCGCGAAGAGCACGCCGGACCAGAAGUACGUCAUGGAGCAGAUCGAGGGCAGCGACAUGCGCGACCAGGACCCGCGCGAGGCGCUGCUCAAGUACGCGCCCAAGCCGGGCGAGAAGAACGUCUUUACGGGCGCGUGGGACAAGACGCAGCCCAAGGGCGUGUACAAGGAGUACGACAGCGACGACGACGAGCCGGCGGGGAAGCGGGCGAAGCGGUAGUGCUGGCGUGGGAGUCGAGCGGUAGUCCUCGCAAAGGGAGUGCGUGUGUGGAAAUUAGAUACCCAGAUACACACGCUCCAAUACGAAGUCCAUACAGACAG